UAAAAGACUUCUGGUUGUUUUGUAACUUUGCCAUUCCAGACAUUUGCCUCUACACAUUGAGGAUUAGAGGCACCAUGUCUUCAAAUGUCACUUGCCUAGGAAACAUGAGAAAAAAAGCAACAAUAGAAUUACUUUGUGUCUUGUUUGUAGAUUUCCUACUGAUUUCUGGUUGGAAAUGAACACCUAUAAACAAAUAUUCUAGAGCAGUGGUUUGCUGGCUAAGGAAUUCUGGGAGUUGAAGUCCACAAGUCUUAAAGUUGCCAAGGUUGGAGACCCCUGUUAGAGUUGCAUUUGAAGUAGCCCCAUUCUGAGACAGGAAUGGUACUGCAAAACUUGCUUUUGUUUAUUUAUUUAUUUAUUUCAUGUAGUGGAGGUUUACCUGUGAAGGGACCAGAAGGGACUGAUCAAUUGUGGAUGUCUAUGAAUGAGAUAGGAAUAAAUUUGACUGUCCAAAGGAUGCAAAGUGCAAGCCCACCUCUUGGAGGAACUUUUCAAAUCCAUCUGCCUCGCAAAGUGAUUCCAGGUAUUCCAGUGUCCAUCUCUGCCAAUCAACUCCACAGCGUUCUGCAAAAUUGCAGUGAUAAUUUUACAGCUCAGUACAUAAAUGCUAGUGACUUUUUUGUAUCUAAGAUUUCACACAAUUCUUAUCAAAGUAUAUGGACACUGAGCUGGACUUCAAUGAUUGGUGAUUUGCCCAAUUUCAUCAGGGUCUCUGAUGAAAACCUCACUGGUUUUAACCCUGCAAUAAUAAGCUAUGUAGUAUUUGAUGGUGGAGUUUUCAUUGAUCCCAUAUUUGGAGAUAUGCUUGCUACCCCCAAUAACUUUACACAGGUUGUAGUUACAGUGAAUGACAUUCCAGCAAAUUGUUCUGGCUCAUGCACUUUUCAGUAUCUCACGGAAAUGACUCCUUUAGUCAGUAACAUUGACUAUUCAACAGGAGGUCAGCUGCUUGUGAUAGGUAUUUCUCCAUUUUCCAAUUAUACCCCAUUUGAUGUGAAGGUCAAAAUUGGGGACGCUGCCGUUCAAAUUCAAACACUAACCGAUCGUGGAAUCAGUGGAACAUUGCUCACCAUUUCUGGAAUAGGUUUUAGCAACAGCCCAGCCUUGGUCUCGGUCCUGAUUAAUUUUCAAUCCUGUACUAUAACCAGCCUAACUGAAGAUAAAAUUUUAUGUCGGACCCCACCACCCACUCAGUCAUCUAAUACCAUUCUCAAAAAUCUUCUGGCAGAUAUAGAGGUAUACAUAGGCAACCGGUCAUCAGUAGACCCAUGUCAAACGAAAAUCUUUAAGAAUUACACUUUUCUUUACAGCAUGUCUUUGACUCCAAAUAUCAUAAACAUUGAAACAGAAUUAUUGAACAAUAGUCUGCACCUAGGCGUAGAAGGGGUCAAUGUAACAAAUUCAGUAGCUAUCCUGGAACAUGUGGAAUGUCCCCUUGAAGUACAGAAGAUCAACCACUCUAUAACUUGGUCUCAGUGCUCCUUACCUGUAAGCGCUCUAGAACCAGGGCACUAUAUGAUGAGAAUUCUCCAGAAGCAAAUGGGCUUUGCCAAUGUACCAGCUGAGAUGCAGCAUUUUACAAUAUACCCACAGAUAAAGACUAUCUUUCCAUCUCGUGGCUCAGUGUGUGGUGGGCAGUUGCUCACAAUAUCUGGCCAUUCUCUCAAAUCUUGGACAAAUUCUGCUUGGGUAAAUCUAACAGGCAACUUGUCUUGUGAUGUCCAAAGCUCGAGCGAACACAGCAUAAUCUGUGCACUUUUUUCAAGUGAUCCCCUUUUGGAUGAUCAGCAAUUUCCUGAUGUACACCAAGCUCUUUAUGUCACGGUGAAUGUCAAUGGAAUGUAUAGCCGUUGCCUAGGAGACUGCUUGUUCCACCUUUUUGCAAACAAGACUGUUGUUAUUGAUGCCGUCACUGUGAAGUUUGCUGGGAUCUUAAUUUCCUUGUUAAUCAGAAUUCAAAAAUUAGUUUGGCCAGUGGAUGAAAUCCUUAUAGAGGUGGAUGGACAUCUUCCUUGCAACAUAACUUCUUUGAACAAAACCAGUAUUGAAUGUCAGACACACAGCCUUGAUGCAAAAGAACACAGCAUUUCAGUAUUGAGCAGAAGAUGGGGUUCAGCCUGCCUGAGACAGAAAGACUCCAAUAUCUUCAGAAUUACUCCUCAGGUGCUCCAUCUUUAUCCCCAGAAUUUCAGUAUCAAUGGCGGAGGCCUCCUCACCUUAGAAGGUGCAGCACUUCAAGGCAGGAGCAGCACUUCAGUUCUCAUAGGAAAUCAGAAGUGUCUCCUUACCAAAGUCACAUAUUGGGCUCUUCAAUGCCUUGUGCCUUCAGGCCAAGGGACUGUGAUCGUGGUGCUCAACAUAGACAAUAUGUCAUAUUCUGCUGGGGAAAUAAGCUACAGUGAAGAAUUCACCCCAGUUUUCCUCUCCCUUCUGCCUUCUACCGGCCAGCUUCUCACAAUAAUUAUUUCAAAAGUUAGGCAAAUGGAAGACAUAUAUGUUUUUAUUGGAGGGUCUUCCUGCACCAAUGUUACUAGCAAAGGUACCAGUUUGCAAUGUGUUCUUCCUCAGCUUCCUACUGGAGAAUAUAAUGUGACAGGUGGAAUUGUGCAGAGAGGUUGGGCUUCCUCCAGUUUGGUAUUCACUUCGGUCCUGACAGUUAUCACAGUGAAAAACAGCCAUGAUUAG